UCGGCCAGGAUCCUCAGUUUCAACCGGAAAAAUAACCGUUCAAGUGAUAAAUCUGUCACCAUUGUUAAUUGUUCGAUCCCGUUACGCAUUUAAGCUGGGCGAAACAAUGGUCUUUAUUAAAUAUUCUGUACACAAAUUGACUUUUAACACGAUCAAACAUUUUUACAGUUUGGCUUUCUAUAGCCCUACCGCGCUCGCUCGACCGCGCUCAAGUUGCAUGUGCACGUCAGAGUUCCCCACGCAACGCAGUCACCCGGACGAGUGCAUAUAGUUGAAGAAUUUCUGUAGAAAAGCGCAGAGCAGCGCAUCAGAUUGCAACCAUGAUGUUUGACGACUAUGAUGAUUAUGUUGACGAUGAUGAUGAUGAGUACUUGUACGAAGCUGGCUCAGACGAUGACGAUUAUUUCAUGAACCGAGAUGGCGCCAUCCUAUACGACUGCUACGACGAUGCCUUUGAUCGUAUGCAAGUCAUGGUUGUUCCCGGAUCGUCUUCUCGGGAUCUCCUGAAAAUGGAAGGAUCCCAAAAGGACGAAGCCAAGAAUGAGCUUUCCAAGAACAAGGGCCUCGUUGCAGAUAACCUUACUGGGUUCCUCAACAGCCCGAAAUACAGCGAUGUGACACUGCAAGUUGGCUCGCAUCAAUUCCACGCUCACAAAAUCAUACUUUGCUCCUGGAGCGAGGUGUUCCACAAGAUGUUCACAGAUCCGACCUGGACAAGCGCUCGGAGGGGCGAAUCCAACGGCCCUGGCCCGCAACUCCAGGUGCUGGUAGAGCCCGAGGAUUGCGUGGACGUCUUCCAAGUCUUUCUCAAGUUCAUGUACUCUGAAACGGUGGCCUUGACCAUGGCGAGCGUUUUCCCCGUCCUCACCCUGGCCGAUAAAUACCUGGUCCAGGAGCUGCGUGACGCCUGCGAAGACUUCCUGCUGGAAAAGGUCUCUGGUAUCAGUGGCGAGGAAGCCACAAGAGCCCACGCCGAAGCAGAGAGACUCAAUCUAACAAGGGUACAGGAGCAGUGCAUCAGGAUUCUUGAAGCCAACAUCAAUUACCUGAGUGAGAGUUGUGUCCAGAGCAUGCCAGCCGAGCUGCUCCUGAGGCUGCUUGACAGCUCCAAUCUUGUAGUCGACAAUGAAAAAGACGUCUACAAUGUAGCGCUGCAGUGGCUGAAUGCAGAGGGGCAACAGGCGGCACGGAAGGAGCACGCGGAGGAGAUUUUCUCUCUGAUCCGCUUCCCGCACAUACCUUCUGCCAAACUGAAGGACCUUGUAGACACGCCAUUGCCGACGUUUCUUCAGCCAGAUUUCCAGGCCAAAGUUACAGAAUUGGUUGCGAAGGCUUUUGAAUGGCGAGCCCUGGCGGCAGAAGAGGCCUACACCGUCAUGGAGGAUGACUUUGUUCAGCCGCGCCUGUACCAGAACCAAGCCUUCUCCCUGCAGUCGACCACCAGCUUCAUGAACAAGGUUGUGUCGGAAACCUUUCGCAAGCUGAUCCUGUCCAUGGAAGAGCAAGAUGAUUACUACCACAACAAGCUGAGCUUCCGGGUGGCCAUCCGGGCCGAGAAGAACGUCUACAAGUACGGCAAGGGCGCGUGGGAGGUCAGCGCGGUUCCCGUCAAGGACACGAGCUCCGACCGCUGGGGUCUCAGCUACAACAUCCAGACGAGUCAAAACAUCGGUUAUCCGUACCGCGUUGCCAUAGUGACUCGACUGACGGAGGAGGAAGAAGUGGAUGUGAAUCCUGUCAUCACGGUGCAUCAUGGGAAUGUUGAGGGGAAGUUCACCCUCAAGGUUCCAGCACCCCUUCUGAAUCUUAGCGAGAAGCCCAGCAAAGUCUGGACCAGAGUUGUGGCCUUCAUGGAAUCCAAGAGUGGUGCCUCAAUACCAGAAUCCAAGAUGGUACCAAUGCCGGUAUAUCCCAAUAUAGGACCAAGGGCGUUAUAUUUGCCUGAUGUCUAAAAGAAAAGUACGGACUGUACUCCGCCGAGCACUUGUUGCCAAAUCCUCCCAUUGUUUAAUUUCUUUGCAGUAGUUCCAAAAAAGUCACUUAUGGAACGAAUGUUUAAGUCUCUUUGGGGUCAUACUUUUAAAGAAUCAGAGCAUUUAAAACAGUGUCCCAAUAUUGGCACCAGACAGUGCAUAAUAAUUUGGCAUAAAUAUGAUCAUUUAAGAUUUAAGACCAUACCCCAUACUGCAGCGUUUGAUCCCAAAGCUAUUGAAUGCUUCAAAGUCAGAAUCAGAGGGCCCAAUUUCAUAGUGCUGCUUAAAGCUACAGUCCAUCAUUUGCAGCUAUCCAAAAAGUUACUA